UUUCUCGGAAGCAGUCGAUGUGGAGAGCCGUCGAUCUGUUCUGCGGAGAUUCUUCUGUGUCCCUUUUGUUGCGUCGGACGAGCUCUGCUGGUGAGGCCAUGGCCUGUCUCUUCCAUUUCCAGCUUGUCCCGCACGGAGUAGCUCGGUGGAGAAAGGGGAAAGGAGAUUUCGCUGCUUGCUUCUCGCCAUUCUUCUUCCACCCUUCGUUUUCUCCAGCGAGAUUCCUCCCCCUCCCCACUUUUGCAGCUCUGUGCGUAUUUGGUUCUCCGGUCGGAUUAUCGCGCUCAGGGGUCAUUUUAUCUUGGAUUAAAGUAAGGGUGUUAAAGUACCAUCUCUGGUUGCUUCUUCCGCUGCGAUGGCGGGUGUGGGAUGAGGAUUCAGAUUCAGAGGAUCGUGUGUUUCAUGAAGACUAGAUGGAAACGAUUGAAAGCGCUAUUGAUUCUGUGUAUUCAUUGGCAAUUGACCAUUUCAAGAAAUAUGAUGGCCGUGUUAUUCACGACGACAGUUUCAAUGACCUACUGCACACACGCAGAGAGCUGAAGGCAAGUCAGUUUUGGAGCGAUAUGCUGGAACAGUCCCGUGACUCACUGCGUACCUCACUAGACAAGCAAGUAGCAUCGCAAGAUUGAGUCAAAGCAGAUCUUGUAUCACUUUCUCGCGCUCAUGGAGAUAUUCUAUCUGUUAGAGUUCUCUGCCUGACAGUCCAACCGCUACGAUUCAGUAUACAGGAUCAUAGGUCCCUGCAUCUGGCCUGGAGAAACUCUCCUCGGAGUUGGUUGCCAUUGUCAAGAAGAUGUAUGUGGCCACAUAAAUAUUAUGUGACAUACUCUGAAAUCACCACUUCUUUAGAUUAUUUGCUUUUUGAUGAAAUGUCUGUGUACUGUCGGUUGCUCCAUGCCUUGAUGUAAAUAUGAUGUAACAUAUUCCUAGAUCACAGCUUCUUUAGACUUGUUU